UUUCUUUUUGGUUAGUCAACUUCACCACCUGUAUUUCAACAUUAACGGAUAGGGUGCGCAUCCCUACGCGAAAUCCUUCUCUCAAUUAAUCUCCUCCCCUGACAAAUUUCAGGAUGAAUGUAGUGCUCCGAGGACCCGCACUGAUCAACGGCCAUACGGUAGAUUGAGACCUAGCGAUUGAUAGAGUGAUCGAUAGGAUAACAAUCAUAACAUGGAUGUCUCGGCGCCGGAAAAGCUGAUAGUCGUGAACCGCGAGCCAAACGGCUUGGCGUGGAUCACAAUAAACCGACCCAAGUCGCUGAACUCCCUCACGAAGCAGAUGAUGAGGGAUCUAGCUCAAGCUGUAAAGUCUCUGGACGCGGACAAGUCGGUCCGGGUCAUAAUUCUCACCGGCACCGGCCGAGCUUUUUGCUCCGGAGUAGACUUGACUGCCGCUGAGGAUGUUUUCAAGGGUGACGUCAAGGACGUUGAGGCAGACCCGGUGGCCCAGAUGGAGAUCUGCACCAAGCCGAUCAUCGGAGCAAUUGCUGGGUUUGCUAUCACUGCGGGGUUUGAGAUCGCUCUCGCCUGUGAUAUCUUGGUUGCUUCUAAGGACGCUAAGUUCAUAGAUACUCAUGCCAGGUUUGGAAUAUUUCCUUCUUGGGGUUUAUCUCAGAAGCUUUCACGUAUAAUAGGGGUGAACAAAGCCCGUGAAGUGUCACUCACCUCAACACCUCUAAGUGCUGACGAAGCAGAGAAACUAGGCUUUCUGAACCAUGUCGUUGGGGAUCGAAGUGAACUCAUGAAAAAGGUUAGACAGAUUGCAGAAGCAAUAAUCAAGAACAAUGGGGACCUGGUGGUUAGGUACAAGGCUGUGAUUAACGACGGUUUCAAGCUUGACUUGGAACGUGCUCUUGCACUUGAGAAGGAGAGAGCUCAUGAAUAUUACAAUGGGAUGACAAAGGAGCAGUUUAAGAAGAUGCAAGAGUUCAUAGCUGGACGGAGCUCAAGCAAACCUUCCUCCAAGUUGUAGAGUUCACUUCCGCUGUAAAAAGGAGCUUUGUUUGGUUCAUCUUAAUUGUAUCAUAUUUUCUGCAAAAGCACCAAUAAAUAAUAAUACACAGUAUUAAUAAGGCUGUAAUUUUCUUUGCUUUUUUUUUGAAGAAAAAUAUGCACCAUUUAGUCGUAUAGUAGUCAGUUAGUCACUCCUCUGCCCGUCCGAGUGAUGUUCUAUGUCGACAAUAUGACAUGAUGACAUAGACCGUAACCGGUAAUGAUCUUACAUUUCUGUAUUCUUCUCUUUGGAGUUCAUCUCCUCCGCCAUUCUUGACUAUUUUGAAGGUCUCUGUUUCAUACCUGAGUUAUGUUUAGACUAAGCAUUCAUUUGUUAGUUUGCUGGAAAGUUUAAAGAUACCGUACUUCUCCAUAUAAAACAAAUAUACAUGUUUUGAUUGUGU